AUUAUUUUUAAAAAUGGACAGGACUAAGACACAGAGGAAGAAGAAGGAAGUGGCUAUUAGUGAGAAAACCAAGGAGAAAGCAGAACAGGUUAAGAAAUAUAUUGAGAACAAGUUCGCUAAACUGAAAACUGAAGAACAAGAGAGAAAGGAAGGCUGGGACUUACUCAAUCAUCAAAUGGAUGUGUUAAACCUUACUCCUCAUGAGAAAGAACUUAUUAAGCAAGACGUUCUUCAUCGUGAAGCUGAACUGAACAGAAAAGCCAGAAAGAAGGUCUAUCCAUCAGAUUUUGAACCCUUGUCGAUUAUUGGAAAAGGAGCUUUCGGAGAAGUCAGAAUCUGUAAGCACAUUGACAGUGGAGAUGUAGUUGCUGUAAAGAAGAUGAAGAAGAAAGAAAUGCUUGUUAAGAACCAGGUCACUCACGUUAGAUCUGAAAGAGACAUUUUAGUAAAAGCUAAGAAUCCUUGGAUUGUCAACCUGAAGUAUUCAUUCCAAGAUGAUGAGAAUUUGUAUUUAGUAAUGGAGUAUCUUCCUGGUGGCGACCUGAUGAACUUGCUUAUUAAAAGAGAUAUAUUGACCGAAGAAGAGUCUAGGUUUUAUACUGCUGAAAUGAUUCUUGCUAUCGAGUCUGUUCAUAAUCUCAACUAUAUUCACAGAGACCUCAAGCCUGACAAUGUUUUGUUGGGUGAAGAUGGCCAUAUUAAGCUGACUGAUUUUGGACUUUGUAAACAUGCUGAGAUCAAAGCCACUCAGCGUAAACAACCAGACAAGUAUGCGAUGAAGCAUUCAGACAACUUCAAUGCUUUGAAGAAUAUGUUAAGCAAGAGACUUGGCGGUUACAAAAGAGAUCGGAAGCUGGCUUACUCAACUGUUGGAACCCCAGACUACAUUGCACCUGAGGUAUUCGGACCUAAAGGUUAUGAUGAAACUGUUGACUGGUGGUCAGUUGGAGUAAUACUUUUUGAGAUGCUUGUUGGAUAUCCUCCAUUUUUCGCAGAUGAUUCUACAGUUACUUGCCAGAAGAUCCUUCAUUGGAAGAAGACACUAGUAAUCCCAACAGAAGCCAAUCUAUCUGAGGAAGCUACUGAUCUGAUUCUUAGACUGAUCUGUGAUACUGAAGAUAGACUCGGAAAGAAUGGAGCUACUGAGAUCAAAGAACAUCCAUGGUUUAGUGAUACCAACUGGGAAGGAUUGAAAAGCCAAGAUGCUCCAUUUAUUCCAGAAGUAAGUUCCCCAACAAGUGCAGAGAACUUCGAUAAAUUUAAGGAAGAGGAACCAUUCUUCUCCUCCUCCCAAAGCAGAUACUCUAAACAGAAAAUGAAGCGGAGGAAGAAAGACCUUGAAUUUGUAGGGUAUACCUACAAGGCAGAUGUUGAGGAAGAGAAACAGAUGUUUGUCUCAGCUCUCCAAGAGCUAAAAUCUAUGAUAUAA